UUGAAAUAAAAAAUAAAAAAUUAUUAAGUGUACUCACUUUUUUUACUGCAGCAAAAAUAUUUUACCUUAAUUUUAAAGUGCUCUAUCUUUCGUGUGCUUGCCUUCAGAUCUGAUCCAAAGACCCAUUUGCAUUGCAGAACCUAGGCUUUCUGAGAUAAAAGUUCUAAUUGAGAUAAUGGGUCGUGGAGUAAGCAGUGGCGGAGGAGAGAGUUCUCUGGGCUACCUUUUUGGAAAUGGAGAGGCUCCAAAACCCGCUAAUAAUAGCGUUGAAGCGCCUCCUCAAAACUUGGGACAGGCUGCAAGCAGUGGACCUGGUCAGAAACCCACUCGAGCUGCCUCACCUGUAGAGCCCCUCACGCAGAUUCCAGCUGGUGUCCCAGAGUACACUACAAACAACUAUUUCCGUGCUGAUGGCCAGAACUGUGGCAACUUCCUCACUGAUCGGCCAACAACAAAGGUUCAUGCAGCUCCUGGCGGUGGCUCUUCACUGGACUACCUUUUUGGUGGUGGCAGUAAAUGAGAAAUGAGAUAUCAUGGAAAAGGGGCUGGAGCCAUUGCUCACUAUUGUUGUGGAGCUAUUUGAAUUUCAGGACAAACAAUUUCUUAAUGUGUUAAAAGACGGGAAACAAUUAUAUGCCUUGCGUUGGCUCAAGGCAUAUAGUGUUGUAAGUGGGCUUCUUUUCGCAUUGUGUAGGGUACAGCUAAAUUACAUUAGGUCUGAAUGCUUCGAGUGAACUUCCUCUUUAGUCAUUAAUGAGAGGCAGAACUGCUUGCCAUCAAUUAACGAAUUUCAUU